AUGAAUUACCUCCAUCUGGAGAAACUAGCUGCUCAUCUCGCAAGCACGGGAAUACUGUGUUUGAGAUUCACCUGCAGGACAAGAAACUUCAAGUAUAGGAUACAGUGUUUCACAGCAGUUGUGGUGAGAGUAACUUUCUUGUUCGUGGUUGGCGAUUAAUUAAUUGUAACGUGGUACGAGCGUUGUAAUGUAAUUUACGACACAGAGUCAAGAAUGUCGCUUUUGUUUACUUAAUUUACGGAUUGGUUUAGUUUAACACCUACAAACUGCACGAUUUUUUUCUCUGACUGCUGCUCUAAACUCAAUAAUUAGAGCUACUUUCUUCCUACUAUUUAUAAUCUCAGCAAAAACUCAUACUUAAGAAACGAAUAUAACCAGUCCUCGCAGUUAUGAACACUAUUGAACUAGAAGUUGAAAUAAGGCCUGACAAAAAUUCAGGCCCGUAUGGGAUUUGAACCCAUGACCUCUGUGAUACUGGUGUAGCACUCUACCAACUGAUCUAACAAGCCAACUGGGAGCUGGUCAUUAUGUUGAAUCCAAAUAAACCAUCCAAGUGGUGAAUAAUGACUUUGAAUAUAUGAAAAUCAUAUGUAUGCACUGCGAUUGAAGAAACGAAUAUGAGUGAUCCUGGUCUUAUUUCAACUACUAGUUCAGCAGUAUUCAUAAAUGUGAGGAUUACUUCUAUUCGUUUCUUUUACUGCAGUGCAGAUAUAUGAUUUUCAUAUUUUCACAGUCAUAUUUAAGAGUUAAAUUAUAAUUGAAUGUUGUAUUUGUAGGAGUUUCUGAGGAAUUUUGAAGAGUUUCCAAUCAACAUGUGCAUCAUAGCAGGUACAUAAUGUUCUCAUACAUAAUAGCUCUUUGGUAAGGAAACCAGAUGGUCUAUGCAGGUUGUUUAUUAGGAAUUAGAGAUGGGAGGCUUGUGAAUUCUUUAGCUAUGACACCAGUGUCGACAAAACACAGAUCUAAUCACAGAUCACAUCAUGGAUGUGAUCACAGCUGGGAUCAUGCAGUGUAUUAGAUCAUGGAUUGGAUCAUAGUAAAAAAGGAAACAUCAAACUGACAUGAAAUCCAAUGCAGGUUGUUGACAUGGGCAACUACUUAAUAUUCACCAGCUUAUUUUGAUGAUCUGAGCGAUUUUUUCUUCAGAUGUUGAUAAUUUAUUUUCUCCUCACUGACAAUUUUACAAUAUUCUCCUGUCACCACAUCAUGCAGGAAUAAACUCUGCCAUGCCCCUUGCAAAAUGAUGAUUUUGAAGUUGCGUUUAUUUAUAGGCCGUUCAAUGGGUGCACGUGUUGCUGCUGAGGUAGCUUCAAACAGUAGUUUGACCACAAACUUUGUAUUUGGCGUUGCUUGUUUGUCAUACCCUUUACAUCCUCCACGUAAGACCUCGGAGAUUCGAGUAUCUUCACUUCUCCAUCUUGGAUUGCCUGCAUUGUUUAUAAGUGGCAGAAAAGAUCCAUACUGCAGGCCCGAUUUAAUGGAUACAGCUCUGAACAGAAUGGCAAAUGACUGGAAAAUGCACUGGGUGGAAGGUGCAGACCAUGAACUAAAGCUGCGUGGCAGAGUGAAUCAUGAGCUAAUAUCAGAUAUGUGUGAAUGGUUUGUGCAAUGGUGUCAGUCGGUGUUCAUGGCAGAAAGAUGAUGAACCUUCCAAUAAAUGCAAUUUAGCCUGUGUAGCUGUAGUGGUGAGUAGCAAAGUUUGGAUUGGCAUUUGUACUAUUUUAUGUCUCUUUCAAGCUUCGAAGGACACACAAACCUGCCAACUACACAGACUGAUGGAAUUCAGCAAACUACCUGAACAUGUCUUAAAACGAUUUUGUCAAUGCCAUUUGUUACUGAACUAUCAUGGUAUAUGGUAAGACCAAAAUUUAUUUUUGUAUGCCAAUCUUGCAACAAUAUUUGGUGGUGUGCCAACAUUGGUUGUUUAAGGAGCACUGCCAUAAAUUCCUGCAUCACAUCUUGGCCAACAUGUAAUUGGAAAUGACCUAUGUCUGUUCAACAAGUACCAUUCGAGCUAUUAUGGAGACAGUCUAUAGUAAAUAAUAUUGUCCCAACAUUGCAUGAUAUUAUGGUAUUUGGCAUGUGCAUGUGUUGGCCUAUAUCAGGAAGUGAUGACUAAAUUAUGUUUUCCUCUUGUCCAUGCCAUAGACAAAGGUCACAGAGUAAAACAUACCCACCAUGGGCCAAUAUUGCUCAAUGUAAUACAUCAGAUUAUCACAAUCAAGUUGGCACAGCUUGACAAUGAUGAAAUCAGCAGGUUAAUAGUAAUAAUUUAUUGAGUUGUAAUAUAAUUUUUAGACUCCUGAACUCUGAAAUAAAACUGA